CGCGCCGGAAGCUAGAUCUUGACAGUCGGGGUGUGUGGGUCCUGGAUGCAGGUGUGCGGCCCCCGCUGCUACACUUAAUAUCCUGCCGUCCCGCCCAGCGGCUGGGCAGAAUGCGGCUGGGCUCCGGGGCCUUCGCUGCCAGCUGCGUAGCGAUUGAGGUGAUUGGGGUCGCGAUAUUUAUUCGGGGAUUCUUCCCAGCUCCUGUGCGUUCUUCUGCCAGACCGGAGCAUGGUGCAGAGACCCCAGCGCCCGAACCCGUAGCAGGAGUCAGUUCGAACUGGACCAAGCUGCCACCACCACUCUUCAGUAAAGUGGUUAUUAUGCUGAUAGAUGCUUUAAGAGAUGAUUUUGUGUUUGGGUCGAAAGGCGUGAAGUAUAUGCCCUACACAACGUAUCUGGUAGAAAAAGGAGCGUCUCAUAGUUUCGUGGCUGAGGCAAAGCCACCCACAGUUACUAUGCCUCGAAUCAAGGCACUGAUGACGGGAAGUCUCCCUGGCUUUGUUGAUGUCAUCAGGAAUCUCAAUUCUCCUGUUCUCCUAGAAGACAAUGUGAUAAGACAGGCAAAGGCUGCUGGGAAAAGAAUAAUCUUUUAUGGAGAUGAAACAUGGGUUAAAUUAUUCCCAAAGCACUUUGUGGAAUAUGAUGGGACAACAUCGUUCUUUGUGUCAGAUUAUAUAGAGGUGGAUAACAAUGUCACAAGGCAUUUGGACAAAGUAUUAAGAAGAGGAGACUGGGAUGUGCUGAUCCUUCACUACCUAGGGCUGGAUCACAUUGGCCACAUUUCUGGGCCCAACAGCCCCCUGAUUGGUCACAAGCUCAGCGAAAUGGACAGUGUGCUCAUGAAAAUUCAUACGUCACUGUUGUCAAAGGACAGAGAAACUCUCUUACCCAGUCUGCUGGUUCUCUGUGGUGACCAUGGAAUGUCUGAGACAGGGAGCCAUGGGGCCUCUUCCACAGAGGAAGUGAGCACACCUCUGCUCCUAAUCAGCUCUGCGUUUGAAAGGAAACCUGGGGAUGUUCGACACCCAAAGCACGUCCAGCAGACUGACUUGGCUGCAACACUAGCAAUAGGACUCGGUUUGCCAAUUCCUAAAGAUAAUGUAGGAAGCCUCUUAUUCCCAGUUAUAGAGGGAAAACCGAUGAGAGAGCAGCUGAGAUUUUUACAUUUAAACACAUUACAGCUUAGCAAACUAUUGCAAGAAAACAUACCAGCCUAUGAAAAAGAUCCUGGAUUUGAGCAGUUUAAAAUGGCAGAAAGGUUGCAUGGAAACUGGGUCAAACUGCACUUGGAAGAAAACCAUUCAGACAUUCUGCUUGGCUUGGGGACCAAAGUACUCAGGCAGUACCUGGGUGCCCUGAAGACCCUGAGUCAGUCCCUGAGCAUACAAGUGGCUCACUAUGACAUCUACUCAAUGGCAGUGGGGACACUCAUGGUUUUGGAGGUUCUCACCCUGUUUCUCCUUAGCACUCCACAUGUGCUGUGCAGAAAGGCUGAACUGGAUGUUCCCCUGUUGUCUCCUGUGUUUUCUCUGCUCUUUUACUUGAUAUUUUUGGUUCUUUCGGCCAUUCAUGUCCUGGUGUGCACCUCAUCUGAGAGCUCGUGCUACCUCUGUAACCUCCCAUGGCUGGCAGCAGGGGCUGUGAUGGUACUUGUUUCUGCACUUUUCUGUGCAAUUUUGUCCUCUCUUAUCAGGAUGGUCACCGACGGCACUCUGCUGAGGAAGAAUGCAACUGUUGCCAGCUCAGGGUGGUCAGAGGUGAACCUCCUUCUUCUUCUGGGCACAGUGGGCCAUGUUCUGAGCCUGGGAGCCAGCAGCUUCGUGGAGGAAGAGCACCAGACGUGGUAUUUCCUUAUUAAUACUCUGUGCCUGGCUCUGAGCCAGGAAACCUGUAGGAGCUACUUUCUGGGAGAUGAUUGUGAACCUCAGCGUCACUUCCAGGUGGAACAAAAAUGUGUGAAUGUCCUUGCCUGUACCCUGCAGGACAGCACAAGCUGCAGUACCCCUGAGUCUGAGUCUGACACAGCAGGUAAACGGGCCUCCCUGUUGGAAGCACACGGAAGCUGCAAAUGGUGGACAGUGCUGGCAAGUCCGUGGCUGGUGCUGAUCUGCUGUCGGCUACUGCGCUCCUUGAACCAGACAGGGGUGCAGGGAGCCCAUCGCCCUGACUUUAGUCACUGGCUUACCAGCUCUGACCACAAAGUCCAUCUCUCAGGCCUGGCUGCCCUCUCCCUGGUUGUGAUCUUCAUGUUAGUUCAGAAGGGCUGCUCUCUUGUAUCCAAGGUGGCCCUAGCACUGGGGCUGCUGGGUGUCUUCUGCUACAGAGCAGCCAUUGGGAUUGUGCUGUUCCCGUGGCAACCAGACAACAAAGGCAUUUCAAAGGGAAUUACUGAAGCUCGUUUUGUUUAUGUCUUUGUCCUUGGCAUUCUGUUCACCGGCACCAAAGAUUUACUUAAAGCACAAGUCAUUGCAGCAGACUUCAAAACCAGGAUUGUAGGCUUGUGGGAGAUACAUAGUGGGCUAGUUCUUCUGGCAGCUCUGCUCUUGAGACCACACAACCUUCCAGUGUUAGCAUUUAGCCUCUUGAUUCAGACUGUAAUGACUAAGUCCAUCUGGAAGCCCCUGAGACAUGAUGCAGCCCAGAUCACUGUAAUGCAUUAUUGGUUCGGUCAAGCAUUCUUCUAUUUCCAGGGCAAUUCCAACAACAUUGCUACCAUCGACAUUUCAGCAGGCUUUGUGGGCUUGGAGACCUACAUGGAAGUUCCGGCCACUUUCCUCACAGUGUUUGGAACAUAUGUAGGGCCUGUGCUUUGGGCCAGCCACCUUGUGUACUUCCUGAGCUCAGAAGGAAACAAUGGUUCAGCACUGAGCCGUGCUUGCUUCUGCUAUGCACUGAUUUGCUCUGUUCCAGUUGCCACGUACAUUGUUCUGGUGACGUCUCUGCGCUACCACUUAUUCAUAUGGAGUGUGUUUUCUCCAAAGCUGCUCUAUGAAGGGAUGCAUCUGCUCAUCACGGCUGCCAUUUGUGCAGUGUUCACUGCCACAAACCAGACUCGCCACUCGAGGGCUUAGGUGGGGACAGAUAUUUGGAGCUGAUCAGUAACUGUUUGCAUUAUGGAUUUGAGUAUCGAACUGCUUACAUGCAAGAUUAUUCUG